AAUUUCCCGAGGGUUUUCAAUUCAAAAUACACGCUUACAACUCAGUAAAUGGUAAUGAGUUUGUGAGGAUUGAUAACCACGAAAAUAAACCUCCUCAUUAUCAUAUUGAUAAAAAACAAGUUUUCUUUGAUUGGGUCUCCGUUUUGGUAACUUUCCCUGAAACAUUAAUUAAUAUGAAAAAAUUUAUUAUUCAAUAUAAUCCUAAUUACUCGUUGAGUAAAAUGUUCGAAAAUUUUGAACAAGCCAUAGUUGGAAAGAAACAUUUACAACCAAAAAAUGUGAUAGUUUUCAGCGACUUAGCCACUGUUUACCAAGUGAUUAGCCAAGUUCGCUUAGACUUACUAACUUGUUUAAUUACUAACCAACCAACUAACAUCUAUCAGUUAGCCCAGUUAUUGAAAAGAGAUUAUGCCAAUGUGUGGAGAGAUUGUCAAGCCUUAAAUAGUCUAGGAAUUAUUGAAUUGAAAAAGGAAGGAAAAGAAAUAAGACCAAUUGCUUUAUAUGAUGAAAUCGAUUUACAAAUGAAAAUUGUUUCCCAAGAACGACCGGCCGUGACUCAGACCCUUCUCCGCUUCUUUAAAGAAAUAGUGGAAAAGAAAGAGUUUACACAAAAGAAUUUAUUUCAGAACCAAGUGCUUAAUUCGGCAGUCACUGGUGAAAAAAAUAAUCUAUUAAUACUAUCAAUUUCUAAAGAUGAUCAAACUUCUCGGGAAAUUGUUCGUAAAUUACAAGCAAUUAACAUUACUAAAACAAUUACACCGGAUAAGGAGCGAGAUAAUC